CUUGUAACGGUGCUUGACCACUUACUGGCAAUGAAGGCUCAUCAGUGUCCGGCUCGCUACCUCUCUGUGUACGAUAGUCGUGACUUUCCGAAGGGAGAUGACAGUGAUGAUGAGGAGGAAAGUGACAGUCGGUCCAUCAUAUCAAGCCUUUCUGAGGAUCAUGCGUGA